UAGACACUAUUUGAUGAAGCCUAACCUCAGAAUUUCGACUGAUUCACUUUAAUCGUCUACACUGUGAUAACAUGAAUUGAUAAAUCCGUAUUAAUUAAACACCACAUAGAAAUAAAUUACUAACUAUCAAAAUGGGUAUAAUAUUUGGUAAAAGAAAGCACGCCUCACGAGUUACAGAGCAAGAUAAAGCGGUCCUGCAAUUAAAACAACAACGAGAUAAACUGAAACAGUACCAAAAGAAAAUAGAAUUAGCUCUAGCCAAAGAUAGGGAAUUAGCGAAACAAUUACUGACAGAAGGGAAAAAAGACCGUGCUAAACUAUUGUUACGUAAGAAAAGAUAUCAAGAGCAGCUGCUGGAGCGUACGGACGGGCAGCUGGAAAAUUUGGAACGUAUGACGCACGAUUUAGAAUUUGCGCAAGUGGAGGUACAAGUCAUUAAUGGUCUCAAGCAGGGCAACGAGGCUCUAAAGAAGGUCAACGACUUACUUAAGCUAGAAGAUGUUGAGAGGAUUUUGGAGGAGACACGGGAGGGGGUCGAAAAGCAGGAGGAGAUUAACGCCCUACUUAGCGGCGGACUAACCGAGGAAGAUGAGGAGGCUGUCGAAGCGGAACUGCACGAUAUAAUAGAGCACUCGCUUCCAAAUGUUCCUGAAGGUUUGCUGCCAGUACGUGAAAGUGAGAGUGAAGAAGAAAGUUUACCGGACGUUCCGACCACUCCAGUUAAAGAAAAAAUGAAAAGCAAAGUUAGGGAGCGUGUUGCAUUGGAGGCCUAAAGUACUGUCACUUUUACUGCAAUAAUACAAGUGUUAUUAUAUUUAUAGCUGUAUAUACAUAUUACUUAAUAUAAGAACUAUUUUGUAACUAUCCGUAUAAAAUUACAUGUGAUGGAUAAUGCUUUUUCAAACGUAAAUAAAACUUGUACUUUAAAAUUU